CCAAGUUUCAGUAACUCGCCAGUAGCCCUUACAGAUGCAUCGCAACUGGGCAACCUCAUGAUAUCACGCUGUAAUUUUAGACCAGAUUCGCUACUAAAGGGAUAUACGAAUUGAGUCAAACUGGGUAGUGAAAAAAAAAAAAUACAUAGCACAAGGCGACAACCCCUCUUUCUCCCGCCACCAACUUGUGGGAUAGUCAUCGGACUGGACAGACACUCGGCACCUUAACGAUUUUCUAUUUGUAUUUUAAUAUUUACUUUCCGUUUCCCUCUUCUCGAGGAAGGAGGAAAAUAAGAGGACAGAGAGAUGGACAACGACCGAGCAGACUCCAACCUGCUCCUCCUGUCCCUCAACCUCGCCGACUCGGACCCCGAAGAGGCCGCCCCUCCCGGCGACACAACGACGUCAACGACCAACGCCGCCGGCCCAACAACCGAGUACCAACCCACCCGCGCCGAACGAACCGCUCUCUCCGAGGAAGCCUUCCAGGCCCUGAAACACUCCUACCGGCCCAAGGUAGAGAACGGCAAUAUCCAUUCCCUCAUCUCCUUCCUCCCAUCCGCAUUCACCACCACCAGCACCACCGAUAACAGCCAGGACAACGACGACGACGACGAAGACGACGAGCCGCUGCCCAAGCCCGCCGCCCAAGAACUGCUCCACGCCGCCGAGGAGCUCUACUUCUUCCGGCGGUACGCCGACGCCGCCUCCUUCCUGCGGCGAGUCCUCGAGAGCACCACCGGCAGUAGUACCAGUAGCGACGGCAGCGGUGACAGCACGGAGGACGGGACGAGGAGGAGAGGGAGGAGGAGGCGCAGGAGGAUCGACGACGAGACGAGGCGGCUGCUGGGGUAUUACCUUGGGCGGUGCGAGGCGAAACUGGGAGGCGCUUGAGGAGGAGGAGGAGCGAAGUAGGAGGAGGGGAGGAAAAAGGG